CUGCUGGAGAAGGCGAGUCUUAUAUUUCCUUCCAGAAUGGGCAGUGUUGCCUCAGAUGCGUCUGGACACCAGCAGCAUCGAGUCAUGGACGUGUGUACCUAGCUUCACAAAGUACGGAGGGACAACUUCUAGCCACACACCUUUUAACUGCUUUAGUGACGCCCAUGUACGCGGACGUAGCAGCUGCAGUUUCGGGGGCCAACACUCGCUUGGAGUUGCCGUCCUCAGGAGGACCGACGCAGACCAUCGGGUCCGCCAGAACCCGCAGGGGCCCGUGAGAGCACCGGGUUGCAGCAGCGUGGAUCAACAUGAAUAUCCAGGUUGUGCCAGAACACAGGCUCUCGUCGGUGGCCCCGCUGAACCGGUGCAAUGUGGAUAAAAAAGAGGUAGAACUGAUACUGGUGAAGGACCAGAAUGGCGUCCAGUACACCAGUUCCUCCAUCAUCCCCACCCCUGGCCACCCCGCAGGUCCUCCCGGGUGCACCGAUGAAGAGCGCGAGACUUGGGGAAAGAAAAUUGACUUUCUUCUGUCGGUUAUUGGCUUUGCAGUAGACCUGGCCAAUGUUUGGAGAUUCCCUUACUUGUGCUACAAAAACGGAGGAGGUGCCUUUUUGAUCCCGUACAUUCUUUUCCUGGUCAUUGCGGGGAUGCCGUUAUUCUACAUGGAGCUCGCCUUGGGUCAGUACAACAGGGAGGGGGCAGCCACAGUUUGGAAAAUAUGCCCCGUCUUUAAAGGUGUCGGCUACACUGUGAUCAUCAUAGCCCUGUACGUCGGUUUCUACUACAACGUCAUCAUUGCCUGGUCCCUCUACUACCUGUUCUCCUCCAUGACCAAUGAGCUGCCGUGGCUCAAAUGCGGCAACGCCUGGAACAGCGAGAACUGCACCGACCCCAAAUUGGUCAACGGCUCUGUCAUCGGCAACGGAACUACUUACGCCAAGUACAAGAUCACCCCGUCAGCGGAGUACUAUGAACGGGGUGUCCUGCAUCUCCAUCAGAGUCGGGGCAUCAAUGACCUCGGCCUGCCUCGCUGGGAGCUGACCUUGUGUCUCGUGGUGGUGGUCUUCAUCCUCUACUUCAGCCUGUGGAAAGGUGUCAAGUCUUCGGGGAAGGUGGUGUACAUCACGGCCACCAUGCCGUAUGUGGUCCUUUUCGUUUUGCUGAUCAGAGGUAUAACUCUACCUGGGUCAAUGGACGGCAUCAGGGCCUACCUCCACAUUGACUUCAAGCGCCUCAAUAAUCUGGAGGUGUGGAUUGACGCUGCCACACAGAUAUUCUACUCCCUGGGAGCAGGAUUUGGGGUGCUCAUUGCUUUCGCCAGUUAUAACAAAUUUGACAACAACUGCUACAGGGACGCUCUCCUGACUAGCACAGUGAACUGCAUCACCAGUUUCUUCUCAGGGUUUGCCAUCUUCUCUGUGCUUGGAUAUAUGGCUUACAAACAUGGGGUGAAAAUAGAAGACGUGGCAACAGAGGGGGCAGGAUUGGUAUUCAUCAUCUACCCGGAGGCAAUUUCUACACUCCCUGGUUCAACAUUUUGGGCUAUUGUCUUCUUCAUCAUGUUGCUGACUCUGGGCAUCGACAGCUCGAUGGGCGGCAUGGAGGCGGUCAUCACAGGCCUUUCAGAUGACUUUAAGAUCCUCAAGAGAAACAGGAAGCUCUUCACCUUUGCCACAGCCUUUGGAACCUUCCUGGUUGCCCUCUUCUGCAUCACGAAUGGGGGCAUCUAUGUGCUGACCCUGUUGGAUAAAUAUGCAGCAGGAACUUCCAUAUUAUUUGCUGUCUUGUUCGAGGCCAUUGGAGUGUCAUGGUUUUAUGGCGUGGACCGCUUCAGCGAAGAUAUCGAGCGAAUGAUGGGCUUCAAACCAGGUCUCUACUGGAGGCUGUGCUGGAAAUUUGUCAGCCCAGCUUUUCUGCUGUUUGUUGUAAUAGCCAGUGCUGUGACGUCGUCAGGCCUGAAGUAUGAUGACUACGUCUUCCCUAACUGGGCGAACGUAGUUGGUUGGUGUGUGGCCAUGUCCUCUAUGCUGUUCGUCCCCUGUUAUGCCAUAUAUAAAUUCUGCAGCGUAAAGGGAACAUUCAAACAGAGGAUAGCCUAUUGCAUCACUCCAGAACAUGAACAUCAUUUGGUGGCUGAGGGAAAUAUACGGCAGUUCACACUCAAGCAUUGGUUGGCCAUUUGAUGACUUCAGCCAAAAUUCCCUCGUCCAUCUUCACAUCUGGUGUUUGGAGUUCCUGUGUGCCACCAGUGGUCACAACACACGAGAUGAAGAGCAGGCUCCAACUUCGUUCAGCAGUCUCUCCCCGUACAUUUAAUACCCAAGGCCUUUGUUGACAACAGUAGCUUCAAGCUUUCAAAAAAUCUGAACAGGCAUAAACUCUGAAUCAUUCAACAGCUUCAGCUCAGAAGGGAGGGACACUUCAUGGGGACAAAAUACACACUGUUAUUUGCCCGUAGGGAGAGUUUUUUUCUUUAAAAAAAUAUAUACAUAUACUGCUAGAAUUAAUCAUUACUGUAUAAUUUGUGGUAGGACUAUUACAUCCUGGAAGGAACAUACACUAAAAUGAACACAAUGUUAUUAACUUUUAUACUAUUACACAGGAAACCCAAAACAAAUACAUUUUCAUUUAGUUUUAAAGCUUAUCAUUUAUUAAUGCAUUAAUAUUGGAAGAAGGUCAUUGUUCUUGCCGUUCUGUUGUCAGUGCCUUAUCAAGUGAGACACUCCAUGUUUAUUACACGUACAGGAAGAAAUUAAAUAAAUAUUAUUAAAUGACUCAGGAAGCCACCAAAUCAAGCCACAGGUUGUGGAAGGCAAUCUCACGAUUUGACUUAGUCCUUUAAUACUCAAGUCAAAGAGCUGGAAGUCAACAGUGAAGGAAUUUUACUAUAUUUUAAGUCUUAUAAUGCUUUCAUGGCACAUUACAUUACAAAAAAAGGGAAUAAUGCAAGCAUCACUCCAUAGUUUUAAAAAGACUGAGGCAGGUCUCAUCCACCUCUCAUUCUUUGAAAGGCCGGACUCCCCAACACCGCCUUAACCUCAAAGAAAGACGAAGGCUGAACCUGGUCAACACCUGGCUGCUUACUGGGGAUGAAAACAAUACAAAAUAAAAAUGGCGUCACUGUUAGUUUUGUAUCAUUGUUGUGGGGCUUUCACUUUACACAUGUAUUUCUGUACAGGGCUUCUGGGGAGUGUGAGAGGCUUUUUUCUCCAAAGAGACCGAAAGGAAGAUAGACAGAGUAUGUUUGUGUGCGUGUGUGUGUGUGUGUGUGUGUGUGUGUAUUGGGAUUCGUUGCCAACCACACGGCGUGCUGUUAGUGUGCAGCAGACGGAGGGGUGACUAUCGUCAAAUGCCUCUUUCGUGACACAAUAUACCAUCUUAACUGCGCUUAGAUUGUUAUUUGAAACAUAUAUCGUGAUGUUCUGUUUUUUCAUCACCAAUAUGAAGUGCCAAUAUGUUCCUUGAAGAAUGUUUUUGAUCACCUUACUCCUCAUACCUCAUCUUGUGUUUUCAGUUGGGUUUGUUGAUUUAUCAGCAGAAAACCUCUGGACCAAUUUCCAUGAAACUGAUGGAAAGAUGACGCGUGGGCCACGGAAGAACCUAUUACAUUUCCGAGCAGAUUGGCCUCGGUGAAGGUCCGUGCUCUUCAAGUGCACUUCUAAUUUAUUUAUUGGAAUUCAGUAAAUUUUGAAAUGUUAAUUAUAACAACCCCUUACCGCAAGGAAUAAAGCCAAGAAGAAAAAACAGCAAACUGGAAUAUAGGAGACAAUAUAAAAGUGUAUUCUUUUGUUAUGUAUAAUCUUGUAUUCAAAUUGUUUAUAACAAAACGUGAAUGUAAAGUAUUUUAAGCGUAAAUGUUCACUGUUACAAAAUUGUGUUUGAUGUAAAACUAAAAUGAACUAUGUAGAAAAAAAAUGUUCUUCUGUGUAACCCAGGGCUACUUUGUCACAUGAAUGUGAACUAAUGCACCCUGGCUUUUCUGGACUAUGUUUACAAAAGAAAAUACUGUGUCCAAUACCAAUGUCUGUUGAAUGUUAGUGACAACUAUCUAUGGAGAAGUCCGAAGUAUUCACACUAUGAUAAUAAACACUUUCAUCUACACACACACUUGAA